AUGACUCUUGCUUUGAUCUGCUUCUGCCUACUCUGCUCUGCUCUACUCUGCUCUACUCUGCUCUACUCUAUACAAGACUACCACCUACCACCUACCACCUGUCUUGCUUUUCCACUUCCACUUCCACUUCCAUCUCCAUCUCAGUAUCCCAUCCCAUCCAUCAUCGACUGGCAAAUUCAGUCCUCGCCAGUCCACCGUCCACAUACACACACACACACACAAAAACUACCCACCCAACCUCCAAUGGCUUCCAACAUGGAGUGCUUCAACGACUUUUGUCUAUCCUGCGACCGUCAGAUUGCCGAGAAUGGCGUCUACUGCUCGCAAUCCUGUCGUCUGGCCGAUCUGGAAAAGGCUGGCCGCACCCAAACACACACUUCCUCCCAACUCUCCACAUCCGCUUCUUCCUCGGCAUCCUCCAGCAAUGGCUUCUACCUCCCGCCCGCCGUCAACUUCUCGGCCUACAAGGCUCCCACUUCCAAAGGAUUCGACAUGGGCCCCUCAAGUCCUUACUACUACCACUCCACCGCCAACGGCACCUACUUUGCACCACCCACCACAACCAGGCCCACCACCCAGCGCAGCCUCACACCCUCUUCCUCACGCUCCUCACUGGCCUCUACCGCUUCGCAAACCCAAUCAGGCAUCUCGCAGCAAGCCGCCACCCAACUCAACUCCUACAUGAGGUCCUUUGACCAGACGCGAGACAUCAAGAGGAGGUGCACCCAGUACUAA